AUGGAUCAUAUAUUUGACCCGCUUGACGCCGAGAUCAUCCUACGCUCAUGCGAUGGCAUCGACUUCGGCGUGCACGGCAACAUUCUAAGGCUCAUUUCCCCGCUAUUCGAGGACGUUUUAGCUUCAACCCAGCAGUUGCCAUCGUCCAGUCCCUUCAUCCAGAUGACGGAGGACUCGAAUUCGCUCCGCCUUCUCCUGGCGUUUAGCUACCCACGCACUGUCUGCGAGGAGCCCGAUCUCCAUACCAUGUUAGACAUCAAGCGCACUGCUAUCCUCGCUCGGCGUUACGAUCUCAAGUUCCUCCAUACCAAGGUGGAACAAGCUCUGCUCCGUUAUAGCACCGUAUCCCCUGCAGCCACCUUCGCUGUCUCGUGGAAGUACAGCUAUCACGACGCUGCGCGUGCCGCUGCACGGUGCUCACUCGACGAGCCGGACUUCUUCAAAUCCAUCGCGUACUCAGACGAGAUUCCCGAGUUCGGCGAAAUCCCAGCCACGGCUGUACUUCUUCUAUAUCGAUACCACACCUCCGUCCGGGGACAGCUCGAGCAUGUCCUGCAACUCAACUCCCUUGAACAUCCCAUCACCUGGAUAUCUCCAAAUCAUAUAGGAGCUUCACUGCAGAAUGGGGCUGAACCGACGUGUACAUGCAACAUGGCGGUGGUGUGGUUCAGACAGCCCGACACGGGUGGUGUCUCAGAGUGGCGCGUGUACUCCUGGUGGUGGGAGUACGUCUUCGCUGUUGUAUUAUCGUUGCAAAGCGAGCGCAGGCCGUGCGUUGAAGCUGCUCUCGAUGAUUCCAUGCCUCAUUGUCUGAGGAUGGCAUCGCGAUGCAACAUCUGCGACAAUGGAGCAGCCCUUGCCGCCCGUGUUCUCUACGCAACUCGUCAAGCCCUUCUCCGCAAAAUCGAGGAACUUCUGGGAGCCAUCCCACUCAGUCUUCCCUGCGACAUAGGCUUGCACAGUGCAGUGGACACUUUGAUGCCUCUCACAAACUUAGCAUGA